AUGUCGUCCCUCGCCGCGUUGAUUCGACUGGGGCGACUCAAGUUUAUUCCGUACUCGUUCAUUCUCGCGCUCUUGGGCGCGCUCUCCUGUGACAUCGACCACCAGCAGCACUAUCUCGAUGAGCUCGGCUUCCGCGUUGAAAGCUUUUUGCCCGUGGCGCUUUUCGUGGCGUGCACGCACGUCAUGACGCACUACUUCAACGAGUAUUUUGACUACGAGGCCGACCUCGCCAACAAGCAGCGCGGCAAGUGGAACGGCGGAUCCGGCGUGCUUCCCGAGGGUUUGCUGCCUCUAUGGGUGGCGCUCGCCGCAGCCUGCGUCUUCCUCAUUGGGAGCGUCGUCACGCUCGCCUUUCUCCGAACCCCCGCACAGUACGUCGCGUGUGCGACCGUGUUCCUCUCGUGGGCGUACACCGGGCCGCCCUUUAAGCUCCAUUAUCGCGGUUUGGGCGAAGUGAUCGUGGCGUUCGUGCUCACUUGGUGCGUGCCCGUGAUGGGCGCGCUACAGCGCCGCGGCGACGGCGCGUUUGUGCUUCCGACGUCGCUCCGCGCGAUCAUCCCGCUGCUUUUCGUGCAGCAGUUUGUGCGGAUGAUGGUCAUGAAUCUGCCUGACAUCGAGUCUGACCUGCAGUGCGGGAAAAUCACGUUGACUGCGCAAUUGGGGUCCGAGCGGGUGGCACGUUUAUAUAGAUUCGUACAACACGCGACUGUCAUCGUAGCUGUGGGCUUGUUCGCUUCUGGGCACAUGACGUGGCCCGUACUGGUCGCGUUUCUCGUCUCCGCGACAAAGGGGAUCAGUUUGGCGCGUCGAUUGGACGGGAUAGUGUUUCACGCUGGAACGAGGACUGGUGCACGCAAGAAAAAAGACGAUGAUGCAUGUACUACUACUACUGCAGCACAGGUUAUGGUCUUUGGAAAUCUCCCGUUCCAUGCCACCGUCCCCGUCGCGUCAACGGCGUUGAUGCUGGUCAUCGCGCAAGCUGUUGUGCAAAUGCUGGUCCUUUCACCUUCCUCUUUCCCUUCUCUUCCUUCCUCCUCCUCUUCAACUCUUCUUACCACCACCCAUCUGCUCUAA